GCACGGAUGCAAAUGCAGACACAAAAUAUGCAUUUUAUUCUUAUAUUUCAGGACUCGCCGUUGAAUUACCGACCUUCUGUACUUAAAUUAAGAGGCUGGGAUUGCAGUGAAACGAUAUGGAGUUUGCGAACCGUGGAAUAAUGUGGAAUAGACUGACUACAUGGCAAGUGUUUUUGUGGUGGCAUUAUUUCUUUCUCCUGUGGAGUACAAUAGACGGACAGACUCGCUACAGCAUCCCAGAAGAACUAAAACAAGGAGCUGUGGUUGGAAAUAUAGGCAAAGAUUUAAGUUUGGUUGUAUCUGAAAUGUAUCGGCGUAAAUUACGGAUAACCUCUGAAGCUGGUAAGCAGUAUUUUAAUAUAGACCUGCGGAAAGGAGAACUGGUGGUGACCGAUAGAAUAGACAGAGAAGAACUGUGUGGACAAAAGCCGGCAUGUUUGUUGCCUUUGGAACUAGUUAUAGAUAACCCUUUGCAGCUGCAUAGAAUUGAAAUUGAAAUUCAGGACACAAACGACAAUUCUCCUAGUUUUGUUACUAAAGAGAAAGUGGUGAAAAUCGCAGAGCUUGUAAACCCGGGUACACGGUUCCCUUUAGAAAGUGCACAGGAUCCUGAUAUCGGUAUUAAUUCUGUACGCUCUUAUCUCAUAAGCAAAAACGAGCAUUUCAAAUUGACUGUUAAAAAUCACAAGGACGGGAGAAAAAUUCCAGAAUUAGUCCUUGACAAACCCCUUGAUCGAGAAAAGCUGCCUGUACAUAACCUAAUCCUUACUGCUGUAGAUGGUGGAGAUCCAGUACGUUCAGGUACAUCUGAUAUUAAAGUUGUAGUACUCGAUAACAAUGAUAAUGCACCACAGUUUGAAAGACAAGUGUAUGAAGCUAAUGUCAGUGAAAAAGCAGCACCUGGGACUAAAAUAUUGCAGGUUAAAGCUACAGAUGCAGACGAGGGACUGAAUGGAGAAAUUGAAUAUGUAUUUGCAGAGCAAACGGCAGAUGUGAUUUUAUCAUUAUUUGAUAUUGAACCUUCGACUGGAACUGUUUUUGUUAAAGGAAUUUUAGAUCAUGAAACGAACUCUAUACAUAGAUUUGAUAUAACUGCAAAGGACAAAGGAAAUCCUGAGAUGGAUGGGCACUGUAGCAUUGAAAUUAGAGUAGUUGACAUUAACGACAAUAUUCCUGAAAUAAUUGUUACGUCUUUAUCAACGCCUGUUCCAGAAGAUUCUGCACUCGGAACAGUUAUUGCACUAAUAAGCGCAAAGGACCCCGAUUCAGGUGACAAUGGCAGGGUUACGCUAACUAUUUCUCCAAAAUUCCCGUUCAAGUUGAAUCCAUCCAUGUCUAAUCAUUACUCAUUAGUAACGAAUAUGCUACUUGAUCGUGAAAGAAAUGUCAAUUACAGUGUUAAGAUAAGUGCCACCGAUUCUGGAAAACCUCAAUUGACGAGUGAAAAGACUAUAGUUAUUGAAUUAUUAGAUGUCAAUGACAAUCCGCCAGUUUUCUCUCAGGCUUCUUUUGUAGUUUAUGUUAAAGAAAACCAUGCUCCCGGUAAAAUUAUAUGCUCAGUGACUGCAACUGAUCCUGAUGCCGGUGAAAACGCAAAGAUCUCUUACUCUAUACUGGACUCUAAAGUUCAGGACGUUUCUGUCUCAUCUUAUGUUUACAUUAAUUCGGAUAACGGCAGCAUCUACAGCAUGCACUCGUUUGACUAUGAGAAACUGAAGGUGUUUCAGAUUCAGGUUCAGGCAAAGGACCAAGGCUCUCCGUCUCUCAGCAGCAACACCACUGUCCAUGUUUUUAUCCUGGACCAGAACGACAAUGCUCCCGCUGUUAUUUACCCCUCCUCCGCUGCCCUGGGCUCCCUCUCUCAUCAGAGGAUGCCCCGCUCCGCUAAAGCGGGUCACCUGGUUACUAAGGUGACGGCAGUGGACGCUGACUCGGGCCACAACGCCUGGAUUUCCUACAGACUGGCGGAGGCCACAGACGCCUCUCUGUUCGCUGUCAAUCUGUACACAGGGGAGGUGAGGACUAAACGCGCUGUGUCCGAGCAGGACGACUCCUCUCAGAGGCUGAUUAUAGAGAUCAAGGACGACGGGGAACCGGUCCAGUCCUCCACCGUCACAGUGUCCAUCCUGCUGGAGGACGGUCUCCAUGAACCCAUCUUAGACCUCCGACAUAAAGUGUCCGAGCCCAGCAAGAAAACUGGGAGAAUCACCCUUUAUUUGAUUCUCUCUCUGGCCUCGGUGUCCGUGCUGUCUCUGGUGACUUUUCUCAUCUUAGCGGUGAAAUGCAUCAGGAACAGCAGAAGCAGCUGCUGCGUGAGACGGAGCGACUGUGAUGAUUACAAGAACCCCAACAGAAACCUGCAGAUUCAGCUCAACACUGAUGGACCUAUAAAGUACGUGGAGGUCCUGGGAGGAGACAUGCUGUCUCAGAGUCAGUCCUUCAGGUCCUGCAUGUCUCCGAUGUCAGAGUACAGUGAUUUGACUUUGAUUAAACCCAGCAGCACCACAGACUUUAAAGAGGUGAUCAGUGUUCUGGAUGCGUCUUUACCCGACAGUACCUGGACCUUUGAGAGUCAGCAGAGAUGA